AUGGACGGCAAGUGGGGGUCCGAGGUGGGGUACCCCAAGCGGUGGAUAUGGAUCGGGGCCCUGCUGUUUGCCUUGAUGGUGGUGGUGGUCUUGACAGUGACCCUGAUCAUCUUAGCUGUCAGGGUCAACAGCAGAGCCUGCAGGGAUGGCCUCCAGGUCCAGCAGGAAUGUAAAAAUACCACCCACCUCCUGGAACGCCAGCUGACCCAGGCCCGGGUGGACGGCUGGAGGGCCCAGGCAGAGGCUGACUCCUGCAACCAGACUGCGCUCUUCUUUCUUGGUAGUGAGAUCCUCUCCUCGGUGCCUGAUUCUCCUUUCGUCUUUUGGGAGAUCAAGAAACUGAACCAGACGCUGCAGGAGAAGUUGGCAGAGGUGGAGCUGUUAAGAAAAGAGAAGGAAGCCUCAGAACAGAGUAAAUCCUUCGACUCCUCCAGUUCCUCAGCUGCCCCCGGCCCCGCGGUGGCCGCUGCGCUCCUCCUGCUCCUGGGCCUCACCCUGAAGUUCCAGGACGCUAGCUGGUGA